AUUUUUGGGUUAACCGGACAGUUUUUUUUUGUUCUCCAGAAAAACGUUCGAUUGAUCUCGAGUUCGGUGUCACGCAAAAUCCUUUGAUUCAAUGCACAUUCCAAUUUCUUCUCUCAAUUCUCUUUUUCGUUGAUCUUAAACGUCGACAAAUUGCUAUCUUAAUCAAUCUACAUCUAAUUCUUCUAUAAUAUUUCCAUUCUGGUUUAAUUAGGAAAAUGGCUCAAGAUGAGGGAGAAAAGCCAUUGAGGAAGAUUUCCGAAGCAUUUAAAGAUCUGGCCUCCACUAUUAAUUCCCAGGAUUCUGAUCUUGAGAUUGCCCCAUUUUCCCAUGCUUGUUCUGUUGUCUCCCCCUUGUUCAAUUGUCUGGGCAUAGCAUUUAAAUUUGCAGAGAUGGACUAUGUUGCCAAGGUUGAUGACCUUGCUGAGACCUCAAAGUCGAUUACAACAUUCAAAACAAUGAUCGAUCUAGAUAUUCAGGCAAAGACCGUGCGGAAACAAGGAAGUCAUACAAGAAAUCUUUUGAGAGUAAAGCGUGGUCUUGAUAUGGUCAAAGUACUUUUUGAGAAGAUCAUUGCAACUGAGGGGAAUUCCUUGAAGGAUGCGGCUUCUACUUCUUAUGCUCAAGUGUUUGCACCUUAUCAUGGAUGGGCUAUCAGAAAAGCCGUUGCUGCGGGGAUGUAUGCGUUACCUACGAGGCCGCAGUUGAUGCAGAAGCUGAAUGAGGAUGAUGAUUCUGCUCGGGUUGAAAUGCAAAGCUAUAUUGCGUCGUCUGAAACUGUGAUCGGAUACAUCGAUAAGUUGUUCAUUUCGAAAGAGCUCGGCCUAGAUUGGUGAUUUAUGGGUAUUCUUUGUUUAACUUAGUGAUUAAUGGAUUCCUUGCCCUUAUCCGUAUAAUAACAAAGAAGUUGUUUUAUCUUGAACUUUGAACAUUGCUAGUGAUUUUACAAAGUAUAAAAAAGAAAUACACUUUAGCUAUCUUUAUGUAUAAUCCGUUACAACCGAAAAACUUAGGUCAUUCAAAUUCACUAUUUCAUAGUCAAAAAAAGCUAAAUGGAAUCUGUAAUUUAGCAAUCCAAUUGUGUGCUCUGACUUGUUUUGUGUUCUUUACUUCAAGGAAUAUAAUCAUACUUGCAUUUUCCAUAACCUGUUAAAAUAAAAAAAACACCCAACAAACACUCAAUUAGAAAUUAGCCUCUUCAUUCUUUUCUAAACAAAUAGUUGAUUAUCAUUUGUACGGCGGUGUUUAAUAGAAUAACUUGUUGAACGAUUUUAGUUUUUUUCGUACAAAUAAAUAGUUGGGUGGUCAAAUUCAAUCAACUAUCAGC